AUGCUGAAGCGGUUAGGAUUUUUAUGUCUGAAUGCACAUCAUUGUUUGGAAUGUCCAUUACGGGUGUCUUUUCCAUCAGUUUCAUCACUACAAAUUCCUCAGAGGUGUCAUGGGACGUUAUAUCCCGGUACCGAUGUUACCAUCGAAGAGGCAUGGAAGCGACGAAUAAAACUUCGACAACCAAAGCUUCAGUGUAAUGAAGAGGUACGACCGAAGUUAUAUUAUGCACCUGAAUGGGAUUUGGAAAAACGACAUGAUGGUGUAGAAGGUGAAGCACAUCCUAUGAUUGGUCAAAAUGUAUUGACUCCUGAAAAGUGGAACUACUAUAACAAGGUUGUUUGGCCACCAAAUUAUGUCAAUCCUGAGACUGGUUUGCCACUUUUGCGACAAGUUUAUUACUGUCGUGAAUCGAUCCAUUGUAGUCCGAAAAGAAUGUUUAUGGCUUGUGAGUUAAUUUGGCGUUUGAAUGUUGACGAAGCAGUGGAACAGCUAAGACUACAACGUAAAAAGGCCUGUAUGAUUUUAAGACAAGCUCUUAUCGAAGCAAAAAAGAAAGCAUCUACAGAGCUUCAUGUUGAAUUUCCAUCGGAUAUGCAUGUUGCGGAAGCAUUCCCAAUUCAGUGUCAAAUUGUUAAAAGUUAUAGACGUCAUGCACGUGAGCGUAUUACUGUCACGAGACAUCGAUACAUCAAUAUUUUUGUAAGGCUUGAGGAAGGUGAUGGACCAGCAAUGAAAAAUCGAUGGGAGCCGAAGAAUGGCUGGGAUAAAAUGAAAGAUUAUUAUAAAUAUUUGAGAGAACGUUCUAUCGAAUAUAGUAUUUAA